AUGAGUAUGGAUCAAAUGGAAGCUGACCUGAACAUUCUCAUUGAGAUAAGUUCCGGGCGAGGUCUUUUGAUCGGGGAUGUCAAGAGUUCGGAUCCCUACGUUGUCGUCACAAUGGGAAAGUUUGGGGAGGUUCACAAGACAAAGCAUAUUUCCAAGACGCUCAACCCCGAAUGGGGGCCCGAACACAAAUCUACUUUUAUCUUGAACGUACCCUCCUUCAAGCUUGUAGACUCGGAUGGACUUACGUUUACUGUAAAAGACUAUGACAUGCUGAGCACCGAUGAAGACUUGGGAACGGUACAACUUUCUGUAGGUGAUGUGAUGACAAAGGGAAGCAUGGACAUUAUGUUGGAACGAAAGAUAACUCCCCCUGCGGAGUCUGCAGGCAAAGAUGCAGGAUAUUUGACAAUUCGCAUUCGAAAGGCAACACCAGAAGAUGCACAGUCCUUGGCAAAGGGCGAAAAAAAGCGUUUGUUUGCAAUUAAAACUGGAGUGUUUGACGGUGAUGGCAAAAAGGGUGUGCAUGAUAUGAUGGUUUGA